AAGUUGUGGGCUGCAAGUAUAUAUUAGUUAAAUCCAAAAAGAAAAAAGCACGUUUCCAUAUUAUAAAGGAGUAUUGUAUCUAUAGACCAGUGACAAUAUAGUAUAUAGUCAAGUGUGGCAACCGCCAACCUGACUAACUACAGCAACAAGAAUUCCAAUCGUGAAAGAUGGCUGUGGAAAAAGCUCUCACUAAUAUUCAUUAGUAUAAAUACUCAUUUCCUUCACUUCCAUUUCCAUCAUCACUUGCUCAAUUCUCUAGCACAAAGAGAAAAAAACAUAAAAACAAAAGAAAGGAAAGGAAAUUUUCUCUGCUUUUCCGCAAGCUAAGAGUAAAAAUGGCCCCAACUACUGCAUUUAUGAGUAACAAUGAAGAGGAGGAGAUUGUUCGCCCCGUUGCUGACUUCUCUCCAAGUCUUUGGGGUGAUCGUUUCGAUUCUUUCUCCCUUGAUAAUCAGGUUGCUGAAAAGUAUGCUCAAGUGAUUGAAACAUUGAAGGAAAAAGCAAGGAGCAUGUUGAUGUCGGCUUCUGGAGGAAAAUCAUUGGCUGAAAAGUUGAAUCUGAUUGACAUUGUUGAACGCCUUGGAAUUGCCUAUCACUUUGAGAAACAAAUAGACGACAUGUUGGACCAGAUUUACAAUGCUGAUCCUAAUUUUGAGGCUCAUGAAUACAAUGAUUUAUACAUAUUGUCUCUUCAAUUUCGACUGCUAAGGCAACAUGGCUACAACAUCUCUCCAAAAAUGUUCAGCAGAUUCCACAAUGCAAACGGCAAAUUCAAGGAAUCUCUUAGCAACAACUUCAAGGGUCUAUUGAACUUAUACGAAGCUUCACAUGUAAGAACUCAUGGAGAGGAUAUCUUGGAAGAGGCACUCGCCUUUUCCACUGCUCAUCUUGAAUCCGCAGCUCCACAUUUGAAGUCACCUCUGAGUAAGCAAGUGACGCAUGCCCUGGAGCAAUCUCUCCAUAAGAGCAUCCCAAGAGUCGAAACGCGCUACUUCAUCUCUAUCUACGAAGAGGAUGAAUCGAAGAAUGAUGUGUUGCUACGAUUUGCCAAAUUGGAUUUUAACUUACUUCAGAUGUUGCACAAACAAGAACUCAGUGAAGUAUCAAGGUGGUGGAAAGAUUUGGAUUUUGUGACAACACUUCCAUAUGCUAGGGACAGAGCAGUCGAGUGCUACUUUUGGACGAUGGGAGUUUAUGCUGAACCUCAAUACUCUCAGGCUCGUGUCAUGCUUGCUAAGACUAUAGCAAUGAUUUCAAUAGUAGAUGACACAUUCGAUGCUUAUGGCAUUGUUAAAGAACUUGAGGUCUACACCGAUGCCAUACAGAGGUGGGAUAUUAGCCAAAUUGAUCGCCUUCCUGAUUACAUGAAAAUCAGUUACAAAGCACUUUUAGAUCUCUACAACGAUUAUGAAACAGAGUUGUCAAAGGAUGGCAGAUCUGAUGUUGUUCACUACGCAAAAGAAAGAGUAUGACAUGUAACCAAUUGUGUUGCUUGUUCUCUUCAUUUUUGUUUAUGAUGAAAUUUAUUCUUUCAUAGGCGCUGACAAUUGAACGUCUUUGUUUGUUAUUGAUAGAUGAAAGAAAUUGUGAGAAACUACUUUGUGGAAGCAAGAUGGUUCAUUGAAGGAUAUAUGCCGCCCGUUUCCGAGUAUCUGAACAAUGCACUAGCUACUAGCACUUAUUACUUGCUUACUACUACAUCAUACUUGGGCAUGAA